AUGGGAUUCCUUUCUAUUCUACCUGCGAACUUGGCUGUGGUCGAAACCUGGAUCACACGCAUAUUCCUCUUUCUCGGCCUCGUAGCCAUCGGCCCAUGGGCAGCGCUGCUCGUCUACGAUCUUAUCCUAUACUGCUGUCGCGCUGGCGCAUACGAGAUACCAGUCAUCGGCGGACGCGCUCGCGGAAAAGCGAGACCACGCGCUCCUAGCCUCACAGAGCGCCCGAGCGGCCACCGUCGGAAGUUCAGUAUUGCCUCUCGAGGCAUCGAAAGGCCGGUUCUGAUCACAGGGGGUACCGACCCUCAGGAUGCUCGGCAUCGUCGUAUAACGGAAGAGAAGACUGCGGAUGUUUCUUGA